CAGAGUGGGAAAAGUGUGUGAUCGGAUAACUGUUAGAUCUUCUUCUAUCAUAACUGGCUUGUGUUGUGGCGGGAGCAUCGGUCCGCUUCGAACUCAUGUUAGCAUGCGGAACACCAAGAUGAGGAUGCUUUCAAUGAUCAGUGUUUUUGCUACUCUUUUUACUGCUUCAGGAUUACAGAUCAGAAAACCAGGUGCUGCUCGCCAACAAAAAAGUGAAAUUGUACAACUGAAGCAAGUAAAGAAAUUGAAUAGAUUGGACAAUUUAGGAUUUUUAUCUUAUACAUUUACAGCUUUCAAUGAAACAUUCAAUAUACGAGUUAAUCCCGCCGAAGGCUUAUUAUCUCCUAUUUUUAACAUUAUGACUGUAAAUGAGGGAGAAUUGAAUUCUUCCUUAAUAAUUCGUAAACCUUCAAGCUUUAAAAACUGUUUUUAUAAAGGAUAUGUAUCCGGCGAUCCAAGCUCAUCAGUUAUGUUAAGCUUAUGCCAUGGUGUGAUUGGUUUUAUUCACACUUGCCAUGGUGAUUACAAAGUGGAACCUCUAUCAGCAAAAGGCAUAUCAAAUGAGCAUGUAAUAUACCAGUUAUCAGAACGCAGAAAGUCUUUAUGCUCUUCAGCUGGUCCUGAAAUGACUGACUUUCCAAUUGGGAAAUUAAGAACGAAGAGAUCUGUUUCUAAAGAAUGGAAUCUGGAAGUGAUGGUUGUUGCUGACAGUAAAAUGCGAAAAUACCACGGAGACAAUUUAGAAAUGUAUAUUCUAACAUUAAUGGCCUCAGUUGCCCGUAUUUACAAAGAUCCUAGUAUAGGUAACAACAUAAAUAUUUCUAUUGUGAAGUUGAUCAUAAUGUCGGAAGGAGAGGAUGCUGAUAUAAUUUUUCCCAGUGCUUCAAAAACUCUUCGAAAUUUCUGCCGAUGGCAACAAGAAUUAAACGACGCUCAAGGACACCAUCACGAUACAGCUAUACUUCUAACAAGAGAAGACUUAUGUCGACACUCAAAGACAUGUGACACUCUUGGAUUAGCCCAAUCUGGCAUGGCGUGUGACAGAGAAAGUAGUUGUGCAGUUAUAGAAGAUAAUGGUCUUAGUGCAGCAUUUACUAUUGCUCACGAAAUUGGUCAUAUAUUGGGAGUUCCUCAUGAUGAUGACACAAAGUGCAAUCGAUUUCAUAAUAAAGGUCAAAGACUUCAUGUAAUGGCCAGAAUGCUAGAUUACAAUAGUUAUCCUUGGACAUGGUCGGAAUGCAGCCGACAUUUUAUCACUACUUUCCUUGAUGCUGGUUAUGGCUACUGUCUUCUGACAAAGCCCAACAGAGAUUUACUAAUUAGUUAUGAACAUAUUCAUACACCAGCUGGAGAACUAUAUGACAUGGACUAUCAGUGUGAGUUAGUGUUUGGAUCAGGCUCCAGAAUUUGUCCAUACAUGCCAGUUUGCAAAAGACUUUGGUGCACGAUGGAAGAUGUCACUCUGGGUGGCUGCAGAACUCAACACAUGCCAUGGGCUGAUGGCACUAGAUGUGGACCGAACAAGUCAUGCCUACGAGGAGAAUGCGCCGUCGAUCCAGUCUACUUUGCACCAGCUAGAGAUGGAGAAUGGGGAGAAUGGCAAGAUUAUGGGCCAUGUUCUAGAUCUUGUGGAGGUGGUGUCACAAGAUCAAUACGGGAAUGUGACAGUCCAAGGCCAACAAACGGUGGGCGAUAUUGCGUUGGUGACCGAAUUAGAUACAAAUCUUGUCAAACUCAAGACUGCCCACUCGGCUCUGGAGAUUUUAGAGAAGAACAAUGUUCAGCUUUCAAUGGUAAAACGUUUGGAUUUCCUGGAGUUGAAGUAAACGUGAAAUGGGUGCCACAUUAUACUGGAAUUGAUCCUAAAGAUAACUGCAAGCUUUACUGCAGAGCAGCUGGAACAGCAGCUUACUUUUUGUUAAAGGAAAAAGUAAUCGAUGGUACGACUUGCGGACCGGAUACUUAUGAUAUAUGCAUAAAUGGAAAAUGCAUGGCAGCAGGUUGUGAUCAUAAACUUAACUCUAAAGAAGUUACAGACGUUUGUGGUGUUUGCGGCGGAAAUGGAACCAGCUGCCAUGUGAUUCGUGGAAAAUUCACUGAAGUACAAUACGGAUAUAAUGAUGUAGUUAUGAUUCCAGCGGGAGCUAGUAAUAUUGAUGUUAUUCAAUAUGGUCAUGAAAAUAAUUUAGAUGACAACUACUUAGCUUUGGUAGGAUCAAAUCAUAAAUAUCUUUUGAAUGGGAACUAUAUGAUAUCAAUGUUUCCUAAAAGCAUUCAGUAUGCCAGUUCCCUGAUAGAUUACUCUGGUUCUCAUACUGCAGUUGAACGAAUCAACGCAUCCAAAAGAUUAGAAGAUGAUUUAUAUGUUCAGGUACUAACCGUUGGUAGUUUACAUCCUCCAUCCAUAUCAUAUGAAUACACAAUUUCAGUGCAUAAACAAAUACAUUAUCGAUGGAAAUUAGAAGAAAACUUUUCUCCGUGUAACAGUGUUUGCCAAGGCGAGCAGUACAGGAAGGCCAUCUGUAUCGAUAGAACAAAUGGAAAUAUGGUCAAUGAUCCCUUUUGCCUUGAUUUGGAACGACCUAUGCAUGAAGCUAAAGUCUGCAACAAUGGGUGCAUUCUGAAGUGGCAAGUUACCUCUACAGAACCAUGUUCUGCAGUUUGUGGAACUGGUUUCCAAACAAAUGAAAUUAAAUGUGUUCAGUUAAAAGUGGACUCUGGGGAAAGUAAUAUAAUUCUAGAACAGGCUUGUGCUCACAUUGAACCAAAGCCACCCGAGAGAGUUGAAUGCCUCGGUCCUUGUACUAUGAAAGAUUGGAAGUAUGGAGAAUGGUCUCAAUGUUCAGCAAGUUGCGGUGGAGGUAUACAAUUUAGAAAAGGUCUUUGUUUUGGUGAUGACAGUAUUGAAUUACCAGAAACUGAGUGUAAUAAUAGCAGUCUGAUAAAUAAACAACCAUGUGCUUUAGAAUCAUGCCCUAGUUGGAAACCUGAGGAAUGGAGUGAUUGUUCAGCAACUUGUGGCCGAGGACAACGCCAUCGACGUGUCAUGUGUUACUUCAAAGGAAAUUUCGUCGCUCGAUCUUUGUGCAAUAACUCAAGAAUCCCCUCAACAUCAGAAUCCUGCUAUCUUCCUCUUUGUACUGAAUGGAAAACUGGAUCUUGGGAACCUUGUUCCAUAACAUGUGGAAGUGGUGUUACCAAACGUAGGGUGUACUGUUCCGAAAAUGGAAGUCCUGUGGCGAAAGAAAAGUGCAGUGCUGUUACUAAACCUGCUGAUACCAAACCUUGCAAUUUACCAUCCUGCGUAAUUAAAUCCGAUGACUAUCCUCAUAUAUUUAAAAACACCAUUCCAGUUCCUCUUCCAGAAAUUACCCAUUCUCAUCUCCAAAUGCCUGUAUGGAAAACUGGAAACUGGUCUUUGUGCUCUGCCACUUGUGGGGAUGGCUCAAUGUAUCGUCAAGUUCUUUGCCAAAAUCCAGUUACUCAUCGAAUUUUACCUGCAAGGAAAUGUAAUAGAUUUAGAAAGCCAAGUCAUAAAACAUCUUGUCGGCUACCAUCAUGUGGACGUUGGACUGCGGAGAAAUGGAGCGAAUGUUCUACAUCCUGUGGAUAUGGUGUGCAAACUAGGCAGAUAGUAUGUCUGUUAGCUGAUAAUAAUAGUACUAAUGACGAUUUCUGUGACCUCAAUCUCAAGCCAAGGCAUGAAAAAAAUUGCUUCAUUACUGAUUGCCCACAUCAAAAUUCUUCGCUUAGAAUUAUUCAUAACAGUGUUGAAACAGUGUAUUAUUGGAGAACUGGAUCUUGGGGAAAAUGCUCAAAUUCAUGUGGUGGGGGCAUUCGACGAAGACAAGUGGCAUGCUACGAUGAUUUAGGACAACUAAGUAGCAAUUGUGAUGCAUCAAAAAAGCCUCCUGAUAUGUCUCCAUGUAAUUUGGAAAAGUGUCCUCAGUGGGAUAUUUCUGACUGGAGUCCGUGUUCUGUUUCUUGUGGGAAAGGCAAACAAACUCGUCGUGUGCAAUGCGUUAAUAAUAAAGGUAAUGUGAUGAACCAUGAAAGAUGUGAAGCUCCUACUCCGGAAAAUGAGAAACGUUGCAAACUCAUUCCAUGCCUGCAUUGGUCUUGGUCUUCUUGGUCACAGUGCUCUACAAGCUGUGGACAAGGUUACCAAACUCGAGUUGCUCGCUGCUUGCGAGGGCAGAGAGUUGUAAGCGAUGAAAACUGUGGACUUCUUUCAAAACCCUCACCAGAAACAAAAAUGUGCAAAAAUAAAAGUUGCAGUUUUCACUGGCGAAAGCAAAAAUGGUCAAAGUGCUCUACAAAAUGUGGUAAGGGCCAUAAAUUUAGAGAGGUCACAUGUGCUAGUGGAAAGAAUGAGACAGUAAAUGACAGUUUUUGUAGCCACAUAAAGAAACCAAGGACAAAACGAAGAUGUCAUCAGUACCAGUGCGCCAUGGCAUGGAUGACUAGUUUAUGGUCAGAGUGUUCAAAAACAUGUGGGAAAGGUGUUCAAACGCGUGAUGUAACAUGCCACAGAGUGAAUCCUUACAAAUGGAUAAAUCCUGACUCUGUACCACAACCAAACAGCAAUGAAUUUUGGUGUAAUCUGGACGAUAAACCAUCAGUAACGAGAGGAUGUAACUUGGGUGAUUGUGGUGGUAAUGUUUGGAAAGUCGGACCAUGGCAACAAUGUUCGGUGCAAUGUGGUACAGGAAGACAACGAAGAAAAGUACAUUGUUACAAUAGUAAUGAAAUACGUUUAAAUAACACUUUAUGUGAAGAGAAAUAUAGACCACAAAGAAGACGGCGUUGCCAUUUACGCCCUUGUUCUGCAAUCAGUUGCGCAGAUUUUCAAGAAAGAGGUAACGUAACAGUAGAUGGUGAGCAAGAAAUUUUUGUGCGGGGGCGUUAUGUUAAAGUGUAUUGCGCAAAAAUGAGUACAAGUACACCUCAAGAAUAUAUUACUCUUGUUAGAGGAGAGCAAGACAAUUAUUCAGAAGUGUAUAAUAAAAGAUUGAAAUAUCCUGAAACAUGCCCAUACAGAGGAGCUCGCUUUGAUUCAUGUGACUGCACGAUAGACAAUAGUAUUGGAUCUGGUCUUACUACUUUUCAACGAAUUGCUAUUAAUAUUACCUCUCUAUCAGUCUUUACGCAUGAUCUAACUUAUUCAAAAACUCAUUCUGGACAAAGCAUUCCUUUUGGUGAGUCUGGAGAUUGUUAUAGUAUGUCUUCUUGUCCUCAAGGAAGAUUUUCAUUAAGUUUACUUGGAACUGAUUUUAUUGUAUCUCCAAUGACUAAAUGGAUAACGCACGGCAACUAUCCUUCUAGCAGAAUACGAUGGUUAGAGGGUGGACAUGUAAUACAAGGGAAAUGUGGGGGCUUUUGUGGGAAGUGUGCACCCGAUCAUCAGAUUGGAUUACUACUAGAAGUUGCACCUCCAUGAUCUUUGGUUUAUUAUAAAAAUUACUUUUUUGGGACUAAUUAAAAAUAUACUCUGCGUUGUGCUCUGUGUGAGUGAAUUGUGCUCUAUAUUCGUGUCAACUGUUCCUUUUUAAAAGAAGUUCUGCAGAUUAUCACUUCACGGGAAUAUCGCAACAUCAAGGCUUCUGCAGGCAGUAGCCUGGGCUUGUCCACUGCCACCAACUACAGUUAAAUGCUGAGGUCAAAUAUAUAAAAAGAAGAAUUUUUUGUGUAAAAAGCAAGUUUGACGUGGCUUCGAAAAGGACACAUUUGCUUUUGACUCUAGUGCACUACUAAGCAAACGGAACACGGAAAAAGUGAAAAACAUUGAAUUUAUGAAGAGUGAAAUAUUUUCAUGUACAUAAUCGUUUUGUAUUUUUGUUUUUAGUCAUAAAAAAUCAUCGACGUAGAUUUUUAACAAUAUUUUCUUGCAGAAUUUAAUGACAUGCUUUGCAAAUACUCGAAAAUAUGAAAUAAAACUAAAACAUUUAA